UGGUUGAAGCAGAGCACGCAGUGAAUGCACACAAUUCAGGCAUCCUGCAUCCCAGUGCGCGCGCUGCCAGUCGCCUGGUUCCAUCACCACAUCGCAUGGAGCGGUGCCGCAUCUUGAGCGACUAGCCUGCACGCACUCGCCUCGCGGGUCGAUCUCGCAAUGAGAGAGAGAUCCAAGCCACGCGAUUCUGCGAUCUCGAGUUGAUUUCCCCUCAGGACGCUGCUUCCCGUCCUGGGUCGGCGCUCGUCCCUAUUCUGCGAAUUCCGCUAGUUUUGGUAAUCGGAACGCGCCAUCCCCCGUCGCUGCGGAGAGCCAGUCGCGUGGUGAUGAAUCCGAUCUCGUAGCGGUGCCCUGUUCGCCAUCCAUGUCGACCAAUGACAGCCAAGAGCUGCUCUCGCCUCGAUUUACCGCUAGUGAUGCCACCCACGGCGAUUCGAUCAGUGCCGCCUCGCCAAAGGCGGAAUCGAGUCGGCUUAUAGCGAAUGGCGGGGACGUUAUCGUGCCGGCAGAUGAGCUGGAAGACGAUUUUGCCGAGUCAGCGUCGGCGCUCGGUCGGCGCGAGUCGGCGUGGUGCGAGCCGUGGCUGUGGUCGGUGGCCAAGGUGCUGCUGCUCGUGCUGCUGUGGUACACCUUCAGCAUGGCGCUCUCCCUGUACAACAAGGUGCUGAUCGGGGAGAAGCACGGGCGCUUCCCCGCGCCGCUGCUGAUGACCACCUUCCACUUCCUGCUGCAGGGGGGCAUCGCCACCAUCCUGCUGCGCUGCUGCUGCCAGUCCUGGCUGCCCGCCACCCCCAUAUCCUGGCGAGACUACUUCCUGCGAGUGGUUCCCACUGCCGUGGCGACAGCGCUGGACAUUGGCCUCUCCAACCUCUCUCUCGCUCUUAUCACUCUCACGUUCUACACCAUGUGCAAGUCCAGUGCGCCCGUCUUCCUCCUCCUCUUCGCAUUCCUCUUCCGGCUGGAGUCUCCGAGCUUCAAGCUGCUGGGCAUCAUGCUCGUCAUCUCCAUUGGCGUGCUCUUCACAGUGGCGGGGGAGACGGAGUUUGAGCUGCUGGGCUUCAUCCUCGUCAUGGUGGCGGCAUUCGUGUCGGGCCUCCGAUGGGUGCUGCUGCAAGUGCUGCUGCAGGCCGUGCGUGGCAUGAUGUGGCCACACCAUGUCUCAUCAGCCCAUACAUCCCUCUGCACAUGCCAGUGUGCAACAGCCCUUUCAACAACACUCUCCCCCCCCGUUGCUUCUCCUGUGCAACCCACGGUGUCCAACGUGCGCCGUCUUCGCUUCCCCACGACCAUCUGCCACUGCUUUCACCGCUGCCAGGGGGACAAGCUUGGCUUGACCAACCCGCUGCUGACGCUGUCAUAUCUGGCGCCCGUGAUGGCGCUGGUGUGCGCCAUCUUCUCGCUGCUGCGCGAGCCCUGGUCCGCCCUCGCCGCCUCGCCCUACUUUGACACGUGGCCUCACGCCCUCUGGAGCUUCGCCAUCAUGCUUGUGGGGGGCGGCCUCGCCUUCUGCAUGAUCAUGGCGGAGUUCCUGCUGGUGCUGGAGACCAGCGCCGUCACCUUCUCCGUGGCCGGCACCGUCAAGGAAGCCGUCACCAUCCUGGUGUCGCACGCGGUGUUUGGGGACCGCUUCACGCGCAUCAACCUGGUGGGCAUCCUCAUCAUCAUGCUCGGCGUCUCCCUCUUCAACCUCUACAAGAUAUCGCGCAACAAGGCACGGGAGUCGGAUGGGCAUCGGGUGCACACGCUCAGCGAUGCGCCGCUCCCAUCUCACCCCGGCAUGCCGUCCGAGCACCUGCAGCUGCUGCACCACCCCUCCUCUCCCUCCUCACCCAUCCCCCCCGCCCGCCCCCUCUCCCCCCGCGGCACCAGAGGAGACUCCACCCACGUGCUCCUGGCCACCAGCAUGAGCCCACGCCCCCACGCCCACACUCGCCUCGCCUCCCCACGCGGCCCGGGUAGCCCAGCUCACGCAGCGGGCAGCGUAGCAUCUGACAGGGCUGGCAGUGGCACUGACUCGAGUGCGGUGCCCCAUGCAGGUGGCUCUGAUGGCAGCACCGGUAGCCAGGGAACGGGGCUAACAACUUACGAUGCCAUUGAGAUGGAAGAAAUCACCAAAAAGGACGAGCCUGCAGAAGGCGGUGUGUAAAUGCAAACAACCAUUUGUGGAGGCGCCCUGUCACCUCCACUCUCUCCAUAU